CUUCCUCUUUGUUACAUUCUCCUCCUCACACCAUCUUUUACUCUCUUUAUUCCACCUAUCAACCUCUUCUCUGAGCAUCUGAUCGGCUUUACUCCGAUCUGAGGCCACACCCAAGAGCACACCCUUUGUCAAUCCUAAGACUCUCAACCGAAGCUUUGCUUCCUCUGUGGCUGAAGCCACGAUAAAGCCUCGCAGAUACGUCUUGUACCGACUCUAAGCUUCCUCAACCCCCACGCUCCUCAGACGGGGGUGAGCUACUCUUGUUCACUGAACUGAUCUCCCCACAAACAGCCCCAUUCCGCACCUCCGCUCUGGAUGCGCCCAGAGGGACAUGUGGAGAGCUUCUUCCAUUCCCCGACGUCGAUCCGAGGCGAUUACCAAUCGAGCAAGAGUGCUCGACCCUUGGCCGAGUCCCUGUUGGAGAAAGUGAUAGUGAUACGGGGACAUACAGGCUAUUUCGGAUAUUGACUGAUCGCGAUGAUGUCCGAUGUCGACCCGCAGCCGUGACCAUGUGCAACAUUAUUCUUGUUACUCCAACUGGCUCCAUGGAGCUGUAUAAAUCUUCGUGUCCUACUCCGCACUUUUCGUGUUCGGACUGAAUUGUCUGGACACAACCUUUCCCCUGCUGGAAUUGAAACCUCGUGAAGCAACAUGGGCCUCUCAUCUCGAAUCCAGUCGCUUGGCGGGUCCGACAUCACAAAGGAUAACAACACUCCAACCGCAAAUCAUGACGAAGAUGCCCCAGUAAAGCCGACAUUCACUCCCGGGAGGGAGGGCGACACCGCCAUGGCGCUCUUCAGUAACCCGGACGAGCUGCAUGAGGAAGUUGACCCUGCUGAAGCGAGGAGGGUGCUGUGGAAGAUUGAUUUUAUGAUUUUGCCAUAUCUGGCUGUUUGCUAUGCAUUCUUCUAUAUCGACAAGACGACGCUGAGUUAUGCUGCCAUCUUCGGGAUUAUUGACGACUUGGAGCUUCACGGCACGCAGUAUAGCUGGCUUAGUAGUAUCUUUUACUUUGGUUUCCUGGCUUGGGCAGUGCCUACCAACCUCAUGUUGCAACGGUUUCCAAUUGGAAAAUACCUCGGGAUCAACAUCUUCAUGUGGGGCGUCUUCCUCAUGAUCCAAGCCGCAUGCCACAACUUUACGACUCUCGCCGUCCUCCGAGCCCUAGGUGGAGCCGCAGAAGCCUGUGCCGACCCUGCAUUCAUGCUCAUUACUAGUAUGUGGUAUACACGUCGUGAGCAACCGGUGCGAAUGGGUCUGUGGUACACAGCCAACGGACUCGGAAUUGCACUCGGCGGACUUCUCGGAUACGGCAUUGGACAUAUCAAGGGUGCGCUUCCCUCGUGGAAGUAUGAGUUUAUCGUGAUUGGCGCCCUUUGCUCUUCCUGGGGUAUCGUCAUGUUCAUCUUCCUUCCCGACUCCCCUGUUAAUGCUCCUGGCCUUACGCCCCGCGAGCGGAGGAUCGCCGUGGAGAGGCUGAGGGAGAACCAAACUGGUAUUGAGAACAAGCAUCUCAAGCCGGCGCAGGUCGUUGAAGCAUUUAUGGACUACAAGCUCUACUUUUUCUUUGUUUUGGGCUGCGUCUGCAACCUGCCAAAUGGUGGUAUUUCGAACUUCGGCACUAUUAUUAUCAAAGGCUUCGGUUUCUCGACUCUUGUGACGACUCUUCUACAGAUCCCUUAUGGCGUCUUGAUUGCCAUUUCAAUUCUCGUCUGUGUCUACCUAAACGACCGUUUCGAGAACCGCCGCUGCGUCUUCGUCCUCCUCUUCCUAAUCCCCAAUAUAGCCGGAGCAUUCGGCCUGCGGUUCGUCCCGACGGACCAAAAGGUCGGGCGAUUGAUCUGCUACUACCUCACGGGCCCAUAUAACGCAGCUUUCGUCUUGAUUCUGAGUAUGCAGAUUGCUAACACUGCCGGACACACAAAAAAGGUCGUCACAAACGCCGUGCUUUUCCUGGGAUACUGCACAGGGAACAUCGCAGGUCCAUUUUUCUACAAGGAGAGCCAAAAACCAACCUACUCCCUCGGAAUCUGGUCCAUGAUCGUCAGCCACUUAGUAGAAGCCGUGCUUAUCAGCGCACUGGGUCUUCUCCUCCGCUGGGAGAACAAAAAGCGCGAUAAGAUCCAGAGUGCCAUGGAAGGUGGACUCGAGGGAAGGGAUUUGGGCGCAACGGCGUUUUUGGAUCUGACGGAUCGGGAGAAUUUGAACUUCCGUUAUAUCUAUUAG